AUUAAUUGGAAAUGGCACAAACAUGCGGCGUACACCCUAUGACAAUAGCCAGUCGCGUGGCUAUAGAAAGAGAGAGGUGUAUCGGAAUGAGCAGUGCUGAGAGAGAAUGGCGAAAGCAAUGGUUACAGGACCAAGUGCUCUCUAAAAACGAACCAGUUUACGUAGAAGAGUACUGGAGAGAACGGACUAACCCUAUACGUAGACUUUACCGAGCACCACUCAACAUUUUCUUUAACCUUCUAACACCCAUCUUAGGAGAAGGUCGGGCAGCAGACUACCGGUACAUAACUGGCAAACUAUUCCUACUAUCCUUUGGUGUGUUAGCGACACAUUAUUAUUUCAAAUACGGAGGUAAUAACUGGACGAAGAAGGGAGGUUGGCGGGUUGUGCAGUCCAAACCCAUGGUGUUACCAGGACAACCCGGGUUCCCGUUUAAAACUAACUAUGCUCCGUCUGAUUAUGCUGAUAGAGGAUUUAAAUGCUCUGGUUUUGCUAAAUAG